UGGUUGUCGCUGCUUCUUGAUCCCGUAUAGUAGCAGUGUUUAUUUAUGUUCGCCAUCAUUGUACGAUUAAUUGAUCGUGAAUUUGCGCGCUUCUGAACAUUGAGAUCAACGUAACGCGUUCUCGGCGAUUUUCACGAUCGCAGACAAACGGUCACGCAAAAUAGUGCACGCGAGUCAUGGAGUGAGAAAAAAAUCGUAUCGAAUGCACAACAGUCGGUCAAUACGUGUACGUGUCAUCGUUUUCGUUGCAUUGUAAUUUCAUCGUGUGUCGUCAUCAUCGUCAUUGUUAUCUUGUACAUUCUAACCUAUCUAAAUUUCCUUCUGCUGCUGUCCUCGCUUAUUCCGCAUCUUUCUCAACGCAUUUAUCAAUUCGAUGCUCUGGCAUGACGCUACGCUCUCGCUGCAGGCAGCUCGCAGCGAAACAGCGAGCAUGGGUGACGAAGAUGAUGUGCUGCCGGCGCGUCUAGAGAGGCUUGAGAUUGAUCGUCGUUCGACAAGUUGUCCGCAUAUUGCAACAACAGACAAAUCAAAACUAUCCAAGAUCUUUGACGUGAAUUCUGACAGCAGUUGCUUAUUUAGAAGAAGAUCCGUGCCUAAUAGGCCUACUAUGUUCCCAAUCAACACAAAAGGUAUCAAGAGUACAACAAACUUCAAGCCAUCUAAGAAUGAGAGAGUAGUCGAAAAGACCAAAAGGAGCACCGUUCUUAGAGAGGCUAUUCUAAAGUUAAGCGUUCCUGGUACUAGUGAUAAUUUAAUGGAUACAUUAUUCAAGAACACAUGCAAGCUCAGUAUUCCCAGUAAAAAUUCCAAGAUAAUCGAUCAUAAUUCGGUGAUGAAGGACUUAAAGACGCUGAGAAUCAGUAAAGACUGUGGACAGGCCAAGGACGACAUUAGCAUUCAGGAUGAUUGCGAGACUACUGGUAGUUUUCAGCGUGUUCGCAGCAAUACAAUGCCGAAUUUAAAGAGAGGUCCUGGUCCAGGUGGCGGCGAGGAACAACGAGCAACAACGGGUAACAAUACACAAUCGGACGCGAGUGGUGGCUUGUCUGGACAGCAUCAAUUGUCAAGUUCACCAAAUACUUGUUCAGUGCAAGCGCGAAUAUCACCACCCUCGUCGAGCGACGUCACAAUCGGCGAACUUGCUGGUUAUUUCGAAGAAUUUGUUCAUAUUCCAAAGAAGAUGUCGCAUAUGGCGGAGAUGAUGUAUACUUAAUAAUUGUAAAGUAUUUUGAAUUAGAUGCAUAUACCCGAUGUAGAUUGUUUAGUACGCAGUUGAUCCGCAGGCUGUGUAUACCUGACACUCUAUAUAAUAUACCGUAUCUGCUUGUUUACGCGUUUAAAUUGAUUCCUUAAAUUAUUUUUUAAUGGAUACUGGCACGAAAAAAGAAACUUACUCUUGUUUUAAUUAUGUAUAGUCUCGAAAUUCACUCACGAAAUUCAAUCACUUUAUACGAACUUUACUGGAAGAUGUAGUAAGACAUUAAUAUAUACUUUCUUCUGUAUUUCGUUCUUUAUAUCGUUUGAGCACUCUGUGUGCGUGCGUGCGUGCGUGCGUGUAUGUGUGUGUGUGCGUGUGUGUGUGUAUAUACACAUACAGGAUGUCGCUAAAAUCUGACUCAACCCCUGGAUCUCGGAAACGACUUUAGAUAUGGAAAAACAUUUCAGACAAAAGUUGUAAGAUAUUAAUAUGCAAUAAAAAAAAUGCGGGGUUCCAUUUAAGAAAUAUCGAUUACAUUGACCUGGCCUUGAAAAGGUCACUCAAGGUCAAGUCCAUAUUUUCAUCAUCUGUUCCCCUUAAUAUCCUACAACUUUUGUCUGAAACGUUUUUCCAUAUCUAAAGCCGUUUCCGAGAUCCAGGGAUUGAGUCAGACUUUAGAGACACCCUGUAUAUAUGUACAUAUAUAUAUUCCGUUUUUGUAGUGUAUAAAAAGGGAAAAUGGUAUAUCUGUAUUUGAAAAGGAAAAACUUUUGUAUUACUAGUAAUUAGAAAAGAGUAAUUGGUUUUAGAAUAAAUCGCAUAAAUUGAAAA